AUGGCUUCAGCUUCAUUCAUUAUCCUUUCAGCUUCUUUCGACUACCUGUUCUUUGCCACUAUAUUGUAUCCUACGGUUGUCGGCGCGCUCGGCGGAAGUUGGUUCCUCCUCCACCCAACCAUCGGCAUAACCGCCAUGCACAUGCAGCUUCUCCCCAGCGACCGUGUCAUCAUUUUCGACCGGACUGACUUUGGUGCCUCCAACAUCUCCCUUCCGGACGGAAAAUGCCGAGAGGAUCAGUAUGAUUACAUUUUGAAGAACGACUGUACGGCUCAUUCUAUCGAAUACGAUGUCGCUUCCAAUUCCAUUCGUCCCCUCAUGGUCCUCACCGACGUUUGGUGUUCCUCCGGUGCUUUAAUGCCAGACGGCAGCCUCAUUCAGACCGGCGGGUUCAAUGACGGUGAUCAUGUCAUUAGAGUUUUUAAUAACUCAUGUAGUUCGUGCGAGUGGGAAGAGAUAAAAUCCGGGUUAUUUCGCCGGAGAUGGUACGCUACUAAUCAUAUAUUACCGGACGGCCGGCAGAUUGUUAUUGGUGGUCGCCGGCAAUAUAACUACGAGUUCUUCCCAAAAGCUAUGGCGUCAGAGAAAGCUUAUAGUCUGCCAUUUUUAGUACAGACAAAUGAUGCAAACAUCGAGAAUAAUUUAUACCCUUUUGUGUUUCUUAAUACCGAUGGCCAUUUGUUUGUUUUUGCAAAUAAUCGUGCAAUUUUAUUUGAUUACUCUCGGAAUCAAGUUUUAAAAACGUACCCUGAAAUACCCGGCGGUGAUCCAAGAAACUAUCCAAGCACGGGAUCCGCCGUCCUACUACCUUUACGUAUUGCCAAUGCCACCGUAGCGUCGGCGGAGAUUUUAAUAUGUGGGGGUGCACCUAAAGGAGCAUUUAUGAAUGCUGUAAAUGGGAAAUUUGAUGGAGCGUUGAAUAGUUGUGGCAGGAUAAAAAUAUCCGAUUCGGAUCCAAAAUGGGCCAUGGAAACCAUGCCUUUGGGUCGGGUCAUGGGUGACAUGUUAUUACUACCAAAUGGUGAUGUUUUGAUCAUCAAUGGCGGGUCAAACGGGACCGCCGGGUGGGAGUACGGGCGAAACCCGGUUUUCAAUCCUGUAAUUUACCGGCAUUAUAACCGGAUUAAUUCUCGUUUUGAAGUUCAAAACCCGAGCACUAUACCCCGAAUGUACCAUUCGACUGCUAUUCUGCUUCGAGACGGGAGAAUUUUAGUUGGCGGAAGUAACCCUCAUACAUUUUAUAAUUUCACAAACGUACUUUACCCUACUGAAUUAAGCCUAGAGGCGUUUUCACCCUCGUAUUUAGAUCAAGAUUCAUCUAGGUCACGUCCAAAAAUAAUUUCACCAAUGACCCAGACAAGAAUUCAAUACAGACAAUUGAUAAGUGUUAGGUUCACAGUUCAAAACAAGGUGGACCCAAACACAAUAUCGGUGACACUGGUGGCACCUUCAUUUAACACACAUUCAUUUUCGAUGAACCAAAGGCUCUUGGUGCUUGAUGUCGGCAACACUACAAAGGUGGUCGGAAACUGGACAUAUGAAGUUGACAUGACGGCACCACCCUCCGGUAACAUUGCACCGGCGGGGUAUUAUUUGCUAUUUGUGGUGCAUCAGGAUAUCCCAAGCGAAGGCAUUUGGGUUGUGAUUCAGGGAUGA